AGGAGAGGAGGAUGGAGAGAGGUCACAUUAGAGUAAAACGAGAGGGAGAGUGAGCGAGUGAACGCAAAAGCCAUGAGGGAGAAGGAUCACGAUGGUGAGACCGGAUGGUGAUGUUCUUCUUCUACCUCUAUUUGACUGCCAGCUCUUCUUCGAAACUGUAUUUUCAUACGGUCGCGCAGUCGCAUCAUCGACCGCUUCGCGAUACGGUUCCGGAUUCACUCUAUGCACGCCAAAAUACAAGACACGAUAAAUAGCUAAAUGAUAACUCAUCACUCGGUGAAUCUUCAUUAAUUAACACGUUUUAUUUUAUUGAUUUAUUUUCGACUUGUGGAUUCGGGAACAUUGCAAGUUCAAAUGACGGCUUCCAGGAGACUUUUUAUUCUUACUUUAGUGGUGAUAGUAUGGAACUGUGUAUUUGGUCUUCAGCGACCACCUCCACGGUAUUCCCAACAAUACAUGCCACAAACAUCUUUCACAUGCCGCAAUAAAAUAAUUGGAAGUUACUAUGCAGAUCCCGAAACCGAUUGUCAACUGUUCCACGUUUGCGUGUCAGUUGCCGGAAGCAUUCAAGACUACAGGUUCCUUUGUCCAAAUGACACGGCUUUUGACCAAGAAAGUCAAACGUGCGCAGAUUGGUACGACGUAGACUGUGAAGCAGCAACUUUGUAUUACGCCAGUGAUAAUUUCGAUUUAUAUCGUAUUGGCUCCGGAUUAGAAUCACUUCACUAUGAUAGUAUUCGUAGUGAUUUUGAGCCACAAGAUCAUUUACAACGCAGCGAAUCGAAUGAUCCGAUUAGAUCACCAUUAAAUUCAUACAAUUCCAAUAAUUAUAAGGAACCUGAAACACAAAAAAAGAGCAAUGCUCGAGCAAAUGAAAAUAGUAAUCACCAUACAGCAAGAAAUCAGAAGCAACUUAAUUCCGAAAUUGAAAAAAAUUCUAAUCAGGAACCGGAAAAAAAAGUCAAUUUAAGAAAGAUAAAUCGUAAACCGAUUAAUAACGGCUUGACAAGUAAAUCAACAACCAUUACACCGGUAUCCACGCAAAAUCGUUAUAACGAAAAAUCUUUUGGUCAAAAUUUUGGAUAUUCGACAACGAGCUUACACCCGUCAACUCAAGUUUUUCUUACGACGCAAAAAUCAAUCCAAGUGACAUCUACACCGAGACCAACUUCAAAGUACACGGCGACCAGUGUAAAAUCUACUGCCAAUUCUCAAGAGGCGUAUACGAAUUAUCAAACAACAACAACUAAAACUAAUUUCCACAAUCAUUUUAACAACUUUAAUCGAUUUGAAACAACUUCAAAGCCUACGAGUAGUAUUAGCACCAAUUAUCCUGAAUCACAAAGUUAUUCUGGUCAAUUUAGUCAAGGAACACCUUCUACUACGAAACAGCCUAGUUUAGAAUAUCAUGCUAAUAAUUAUGAACAAAGAACCUACAACAAUUAUGAUAACAACUAUAGUAAUAAAAAUAAUAACAACUAUUACCACAACAGCAACAAUAAUAACAACAAUGCUAACAAUAACAAUAAUAAUUACAAUAACAAUCAGAGAACAAAUUCUUCCUCUUAUUCAAAAAAUGCUUAUGAUAAUUACAAUAGUAAUAAUAAUAAUAAUAAUUACAAUUCCAAUGCAUACACAGCAAAUACUUAUGCACCAACAACAUACAGUCCCGGAACUAAAAAGUUUAUUAAUAACAGGCAGUUCUACGACAAAUCAUCGACAUUAACCACAAAAUCUACGUAUUAUACCGAAACAGAUUCUACUAAAGUAUCUAAAAAAAUUAAUCAUCAAAAGGGUUAUGAUAAUUAUGAAACUAGUACUAAAAGCUUUGAUAUUAGCAGAUCUUCAAUUGGAUUGGGAUUUAGUCCAUCGAGUGUAAAUCAUCUUGCAGAAAAUUUUAGAUCGACAACUCCUACACCAAGGCGAGCUGCAUUUCCAACGACUUACAAUCCAAAUAGUUUUAAUGUCAAUACGCAUGCUCCUCAAAAUCAAGUAACGCAACAAAAAUCAACGUAUCAUCAAAAUCAAUCAACUAAGCAAUACUCUACAACACUAAAAGUAUUUGAUGAAACUACAACUCAUUCUAAACUAACGAAAAAAAAUGAUUACGAUUAUGCAUACUAUGAUAAUGGAAACGUGGAAUACGAUAAUAUUGAAUUGGAACAUGUCAGCAACAACAAAGAUUCGGUUAAAAUUACAUAAAUAAUAUUUAAUUUCAGGAUAAUGAUGAAUUUAGAUUUGGAAUUUAUACAAAUUUUAAUGAGAAGUAUGGCCAGUGUAAUAGUAAACUUACGUGUAAAUUUUACAUUAUAAAAUUGUAUAUACAUAUAUACAUGUGGUACGUAUAGUUUCAGGAAUUUAUCUCUUUACGUAACAUAUAUCAAGUUAGAAUAUUUUUUUUAUAAAAAAUAAGUAUUAAUUAGUGAUAGGUAAUUAAAUACUUUUAUAUAUUCAACGAUGACACAUAAUUUAGCUAUAAUCGACUUUUAUACUUAUGUACAUAAAACAGCAAGUAAAAAUUACUUGUUCAUAUUUGUUUAAUCGUUCAAAUUAUACUUUUCCAAAUUAUUUGUUAUUAAUAUGAUAAUGCGCAUUGUAUAUACAUUCUUAAUACUCACAUGAAAUUUAUAAUUAAUAUUUUAAAUUUACUUACCUCGCUUGAAUCUGUUUUACACUAUAGUAAAUGCAAUGUAAUUAUUCAAAGCUAUUUUGUCAAUCAUUAUAAACAAGUACAUGCAAAAAUGUUAAUUAAAUAUGUAUAUGUUGGUUAAAAUCCUAUACCUUUUCCAACUAAAGUCCACAAAUU